CCCUGACCCAAGCAAGACAUGUUAUAAUAUUGUUGUGCAAAGUGUUUCUCAAUCAUGGAACGUUUAGUUUGUGGUAUAGUCGUGAUUUUAGUGGCAGGGCAAGUGAGCUGCUUUCUCAACGUAUCGCUAAUAGAGGAAUUAAGAGAAGAAGUGCGUAACCAACAGAAGACCUUUAAAGAAAAUCAAAACCAUCUUAGGCAGAUUCUCGAACUGUUGAGCAAGAUACAGCGUGAGACUCAAAAUCAAAUCGAAGGGUCGAAAGUAGCAAGCGAUCAACAGCACGAAACGAAAUGGCACGCAGAGACCAACAAAACGAUCGUACCUGCAAGAUGUGCUCAACGAGAGAAAAUUCUUAAAGCUCUGAUUACCUUACAGCAAGAAGCCCAACAGCAAAGGAAGGACGUAGCAAAUGAUCGUAUUGAAUUUUUGAAAUGGCGCACAGAAUUCCAAGAAAUAAUCGCAUACAUAAUGAAGUACCAGUCAUUAUCCAACCAACAAGCAGAAUCGAAAAGCAAGGAAUCGUCAGGGGGGAACGAUACAGAGCAAGUCAAUCGCGGGAAUAAGGAGCAGCAUAAUGUGUUAUUGGUUUUUUAUAAACCAUCAUAUCGGUCCUGUGGAAAGGCGCUCGUGAAAACGUCCGGAAAGUAUAAUAUCAGUCCCACAGCAUCAUCCUCACCCUUUUCUGCAUAUUGUGAAGAGGAAAAGUUUGGUGGCGGAUGGAUGGUAAUUCAGCAUCGUUUCAACGGAUCUCUGAGCUUCAAUCGCAACUGGACCGACUAUCGAAAUGGAUUCGGCGAUGUCGAAGGUGAGCACUGGCUUGGUCUCGAAAAGGUUUAUCAGUUGACAAAAGAGCAUACUUAUGAGUUGUUGGUCGAGAUGAAGGACUUUCAGAAUAACUACAAAUAUGCUAAAUACAGCUCAUUCGCAAUCGGCAGCGAAAGCGAGAGUUAUCGUAUGACAACUCUGGGGACUCAUAGUGGCACGGCAGGAAAUUCACUGAGAUAUCACAAAGGAAUGAAGUUUUCAACUCCAGAUAAAGAUAACGAUGUUCGUGAUGAUGCGAACUGUGCCCAAAUCUGUGCUGGAGGAUGGUGGUUCACUGAUUGCUACAAUGGGUUUUUAAACGGACUGUAUCGAAAAGUAAGGGCAAAAGGAAUAUCCAUAAUCGCCUGGUAUGAUUUCAACAAUGAUUUGCGAGGGCUAAGCUAUUCUCGAAUGAUGAUUCGUCCAGUGAACUAAAAUACAACGAGAAUAAUUUCCAACAAGUUUAACGAACUACUGCACGUUAUUCGUUUGUUAGACAUAAAAU